CCCGCUUCAACCAUCGGGCUGAAAGACGGAUGCGGCAGAGAGGGUUGUUUAGUUCAAGGGAAUGAAGAACUCAGAAUAAUUUUGAGAAAUGGCUUCCAAUAUGGAGAAUAGAAAUAAGUUGAGUCUUUGACCUGCUUUGAGGAAACAUAUUGUCCAUUUGUCUAAAGUCAUCUGUAAUAGCCAAACCAAUCAAAAUGAAUUCAACGCUAUUUUCCCAGGUAGAAAAUCGUUCAUUCUAUUAUAAUUUUUCAGAGAAGAAUUCCCAGUUUUUGGCUUUCGAAAAUGAUGAUUGUCAGCUGCCCUUGGCCAUGAUAUUCACGUUAGCUCUUGCUUAUGGAGCUGUGAUCAUUCUGGGGGUCUCUGGAAACCUGGCCUUGAUCAUCAUCAUCUUGAAACAAAAGGAGUUGAGAAAUGUCACCAACAUCCUGAUUGUGAACCUUUCCUUCUCAGACUUGCUUGUUGCUAUCAUGUGUCUCCCCUUCACGUUCGUCUACACGUUGAUGGACCACUGGGUUUUCGGUGAGGCAAUGUGCAAGUUGAACCCUUUUGUGCAGUGCGUUUCCAUCACUGUGUCUAUCUUCUCUUUGGUCCUCAUUGCCGUAGAACGGCAUCAGCUGAUCAUCAAUCCACGGGGCUGGAGACCCAGUAAUAGACAUGCUUACGUAGGCAUUGCUGUCAUCUGGGUCCUUGCUGUGGCUUCUUCUCUGCCCUUCCUGAUCUACCAAGUACUGACGGAUGAACCAUUCCAAAAUGUGACCCUUGAUGCGUUCAAGGACAAGUACGUCUGCUUUGAUAGAUUUCCAUCGGACUCUCACCGGUUGUCUUACACCACUCUCCUCUUGGUGCUGCAGUACUUUGGCCCACUCUGUUUUAUAUUUAUUUGCUACUUCAAGAUAUAUAUACGCUUAAAAAGAAGAAACAACGCGAUGGACAAGAUGAGAGACAAUAAGUACAGGUCCAGCGAAAACAAGAGGAUCAACAUCCUGCUGCUGUCCAUAGUGGUGGCGUUUGCGGUCUGCUGGCUGCCGCUUACCAUCUUCAACACCGUGUUCGACUGGAAUCAUCAGAUCAUUGCUACGUGCAGCCACAAUCUGUUAUUCCUGCUCUGCCACCUCACAGCCAUGAUCUCCACCUGUGUCAACCCCGUAUUUUAUGGCUUCCUGAACAGAAACUUCCAGAGAGACCUGCAGUUCUUCUUUAACUUUUGCGAUUUCCGGUCUCAGGAUGACGACUAUGAGGCCAUCGCCAUGUCCACUAUGCACACGGACGUCUCUAAGACAUCUCUGAAGCAGCCAAGCCCAGUCUCGCUUAAAAAGCUCCACAGUGACGAUAAUGAAACAAUCUGACCCUGCCGGAGCAUUGGGUCCCAGGUGACAUCUGCUUAAAACCGAGCACAACCCGCAACAGACUUUAAUUCCCUGUUCUCCCAAGGAAGAGGGUUGAAAUCAUUGAAGAAAGAUCAAGAUUCUCUUGUCUUGCUUCUUACGGCCUUUGUAGGAGGUGUCAUAAUUAUAUUUGGGACAAAACGUGUGGGCUUUGGAAGCUUCUGGCGAUGGUUUCGACCAGACAUCUUGGAAGUGCUUUUUUGUAAACUUCUGCAUAGAAUAGAAAGGCUUUUAUAUUGUAUUUAUUAGAAGGAAAUUUCUUUAAAGUAUUGCUGUUCACUGACUUGAGAAGCACCACACCUGACGCUCUUGCUUGAUUGGGCCAUCCUUGUUCGAUGAGAUCGUCAGUAGAUUGGGCAGUCCUGUGGAAGGUUCGGUAUCAAGCUUCAGCCUGUUACAGAGGUGAUGGCCUGCGAAGAGCAGCGUUCAGGGUGUGAGCUAAACGAGAGUCUGUGUCCUGUAUGCCUAGGCUGAAGUCAUUCAAAAGUGAUUUGCGUUUUCUUGAAAUUUUAAGACAGGAUUUCAUUUGCUCCUAAUUGAUUAUCACGUAAGAUAAAAAAUACAUUUAAAAAUACUUCUCAGCUGUGAAUAUCUUGGGGAAUUGGGCCACCCACGAGGAUUAAGUGGGACAGCAGUUCCCUAACUUUAAAACUAUUUUGGUACCUGACAACCAAAUGAUUUCAGAGUAGUUAGUUUAACAAGUAAAUUAGUAUUGCUGCGUAUGGUUGGAUUAUAUUUAUUAGAAUUGAUGGUCAAGAGGCUUUCCAUUCUUCACAGACUGUUCAGUGUUUGUCAGGCUUCCUAGCAUAAAUAUACGUCAUUCAAAGGCUUUUAUUUCCAGCUUACAAUAUAUAUAACCACAAAGUGUAUUUUCUAUACAUCAGUGCCUAUAUACUAACCCAUUUUUAACUUUCAACGUCCAUCUUUCAAAGGACACCAAGGUACAAUGUUGAAAGGAUGUCCACCCUGGGUAGCAGGGGGAAAUACGGGAAAAUUGAGGACACCUCACGUAGCUCACGUUAACUUGUGUGAACUGUGUGCCUGUGGCAUCUUACCAAUCAUGCGCUAUGUACUGAGGGGUUGUGUCAUGUUAAUAUACUUCAUUUCAUGUACCCUGUAAUCAUGACUGAGCCUCAGAAUCAUUGGGAGGGAAGGUAUUUUAAAGAACAAGACAUAUCUUUGAUGUAGUAUACAGACAUAGUAUUAAAUGUGUUUGAUUUUAGA